AUGAGCGAACACUUACCGAAUUCGUACCUCGUGGGAAUCCAUCUCACAAUCUCGACACAUUCGGGCCCCCAGGUCGUGUAUUCGUAUCCUCCAGCUAGGGUCGGUGCAAUUCAUUCUAGAAAGUCAUCGUCCGAUGUCCUUUCACGCAGAAAAACGUUGAACAGAAACGGCUCUGCCUCUAAAAAAGGUAGCAAGCUACAAUCCCAACUCUCUGAGGCAUCCCGUGACGUGGAUACGUCGAUACGAUCUAGGACAUCGAUGAAGUCAGUGAAAUCUGAAGCCUCCUCCAUAUCGUCUGCAUCUUCGCGUAGCUCCAAUUCCGGGUUGUCGUCAUCAGAUGGUCUGAGUGAAAGUGAACUAUCUACGGACUAUGCCGACGAGUCGUUUACCUCGGAAAGUGAUACUGGAAGUACUACAAGUAGUAGUGAUUCUGAGAAUGAAACGGAUAACGCGAAGAUAAACAGUGCUAGUAAAAAUGGAAUAUCAAUAGAGAAUGACAAUACACUAAGAAACAGGUUAAGUGGUGAAGGGGAAGACGAACAUCUUCGUGGUUUCACCCUUAAUGACGAGUUCUUCCUUGAUGAAAUUUUCCAAGAUACUAAUAAGGUCUUUGGCUUCGAUUCUGAAUUUGUCGCCGAGUUUUGUUGCCCCGAUAGAGAGCUCUGCAAUACAAAAUUCGAAUUUACAAUCGAUCAGUUGGCUUUUUUGGGGUUGCCUAUCCAUUGUGACUCCAAGGGGAAGUGGCGAAAAUCAAAACAUAAAAGACAAUUUUCAAGAAAGCUGACGAACAGCACCUCCCACGGCAAUUUAUCGAGGAAGGGGCAUUCCGUAGGCUCUAGGAGGAGUAAAAAUGAAAACGAUUUGGAAAGGCGAAUGACAAGAGUUGACACCCUAGAGCCUGACGAUGAAAUGAUAUCGUCACAUAUCGGGAAAGACAAUCUAGAUAAGAACAUGAACAUGUUCCACGUUUGCUUUGUUAUGAACCCGCCACUAACCGAGUACAAUAAAAGAAUAGAUGACAUGUACCAGUACGUUGUAGCUAAACUCUCUUUACUAUUGCGUUAUGUCCAGUCCAAAUCAAAUUAUGUGUCCGAAGAAUGUGAGAUAAUUUUAAAAGAAACUGAAAGCGUUAAAAAAAACUCUCAGUUUUACCAGUCGAUAAAGUCUCCUGGGGAGAGAGGAAAAUAUCUUUAUCAACGGAUUCUGUCAAAAUCUUCUUUAGCGCGUUGUUUGACAAAGUGUGUUGAUCAGUUGCAUAAAAAUGAGAUAGCCUGUGUAGAGCUAGGCAACGACAAAGUGAUAUCGCUACAGAUCCCAGUUAACAACGAGUUUCAAGACAUACCCAAUUAUAAAAUACACCCCAUUUUACCAAACUCUUACCUUAGUACGGUGUUGAACAACAACUUUUUGGAAGGAUGUUCGUACAAUGACACACAGUAUCUAAAUGCAGAGGGAAGGAAAGGAUUUUUGGGUGCUACAGAUAACAUUGGUAAUGACAACGAUAUAUUAAACUACUCUUUACUACUGUUAGAUGAGCCAACUCAAAUUUUGGAGACGCUCGAAAGUUCCACACAGACUGUAAAAACCGGCGAUUUGAACACUUUGAUACUCAGACAGCUUGUGAAACAAAUCAAACCCACUACUCCUUUGAUAUCAUACCACGACAUUAUAACAAGUACAUUGCAGCUGGAGUCGAGCGAAAUUACAUACGAUAUCCUCCGUUCGUGUGCUAUUCACCUCAUAUACUGGAGGUAUGCUAGGGUUAUAAUACCGUUGAGUUCCAAGCAUAUUUAUAUUGUUUCUCCUUUGCUGUCCUUGGAUCUAUGCUAUUCGGGAGAUGAAAAAAAAUUUAGAGAGAAGUUUUCUUCUUUGCCAUCACUAGCCUAUUUUUUGAGCAGACUUUCCGGUUCGACUUCUAUGGAAAACGCUCAAAAUGGUGGUACCCAUCCACGCCAAUUUGGCGCCUUGAUUCCUAGUAAGGAGCAUAAAGGUGCUUAUCUAAAUGCAUUGAGUUGGUUAGUGCGACAUGGUUACGUCUGUCAGCUUUUGACCUUUGCCCUUAUUAGAAUUGAUCGGAAAAUAAAAAUUGCUGUAGAAGAAGACCUCGAAAAGGAAGGUUACAAUAGACGGAAGAAAGAAAUAGCUAAGAGACGUCGACACCGUAGCAUUGGUAACAGUGACCAGGACAAUAACCCGUUGAAAAAAAGUGGACUAAGAGACCAAACCUCCGGAAUUGAUAAUGUAAUGAAAAACUUACAAACGGACGACGACAGGAAACAAUUCCAAACAGAGGAAGCAGCAGACAGCAAGGAUCCAUACGAGAGUGACCAUUUUGAAUUUGAUGACCCCGAAUUUCAAAACGACUACACUAUUAUCUUAGAACCUGAGCGUGCAACUGCUCUAGAAAAGCGGUGGAUUUAUAAAUGUAUCCACAAUCAGCCUCACGAAAUUCAGAUCUUAUUCAAUAAGUUACUGAAAUUUUUCAAUGGUAAGUCUCCGCUUGAAGUUAUUAUGUUGAAUAAAGGUGUCUCAAGACACGAAAUGAAAAAACUGUUUGUUGCUUUAGAUCGCUAUCUAAUAAAAAUACAUCACUGGUAA